CAUCUCGUUCAGUCGUUCACGAUCCUUCUCCCGUCUUACUUAACAUCCCGGCUGCUCUGCUGUACCGUUACUGAAGUCACGAUUCUAACUUCUUACUAGCUCUUCUCCUCGAAGAAAUCCGCGCGCAACAGUGCGGCCAGUCUCGCGUGCAGUGGCGUAAAAGGCUGCACCAUGUUGUUCCUGACCGUGACAGCGUGUCUGGUGAUCGCGGUCCAGGCCGGAUGCCCUAUGAGACCGACCACGGAGCAAACUUCCGUUCCGAGGACCAUUGGCGACGGUGGCUACAGGAUUCUCGUUAGCGGGGAGUCCGACAAAUAUAUUCCCAACGCUAUUUACACGAUCAGUUUGCAAGGUUCGAGAACACACGAGAGACUGCAACAAUUUACGCGUUUCACGCUGUCUGUGCACUCUCAACACUCGCCGAAUAAUCCUGCAAGUAGAGUAGGCUACUUUCAACUAUUUCCCGAUGGUCUGACCACUUUCAACGAAGACUGUGUCAACACGAUUACUGAGGCUUCAGAUUUCCCGAAAUCCGAGAUCCAAGUGAUGUGGAGGGCACCGCCGCCCGGUUCGGGAUGUGUUAUCUUCACCACGAUGGUGUUCGAGAAUAAUGUACGCUGGUACGCCGAGGAUGGCGGGCUAAUCAAGACCUUCUGCGAGAUGGGACCGGCCGAGGUCGAGACUUUAGACACCAAGUGCUGCGCCUGCGACGAGGCCAAGUACUCGCUAACGAUGGAGGGAAUCUGGUCGAACGUGACCCAUCCGAAGGACUUUCCGUUCUCCCUCUGGUUGACCCACUUCAGCGACGUGAUUGGCGCGUCUCACGUGCCCACCUUCUCCUUCUGGGGCAAGGACCAUAUCGCCACUGAUGGCUUCCGGCAAUUGGCCGAAUGGGGCUCCGCGUCUGGAGUCGAAGCCGAGCUCAGGGCUAAUUCCAAUCAGUUGAGGACUCUCGUCAAGGCUGCCGGCCUUUGGUAUCCCAAUGUAAACAGCAACACGAGCACUAGCUUCAGAGUGGACAAGAAUCAUCCUAUGCUCUCGGUAGCUUCGAUGUUAGGACCAUCUCCAGACUGGGUGGUAGGUGUGAGCAAGUUGAACCUCUGCAGAAAAGACUGCACCUGGACAAAGAGCGAGAUAAUCGAUUUGUACCCGUGGGAUGCUGGUACGGACAAUGGGAUCACCUACAUGUCGCCGAAUUCGGAGACUAAGCCACGAGAGAAGAUGAAGCCAAUCACCACUUUGUACCCUGAAGAUCCUAGAGCGCCGUUUUACGAUCCAUCCGGAAGACCUAUGUUACCACUUGCCAGGUUGUACUUGAACAGGGAGAAGACUAUUCCGCGAGGGUGCGACGAGGAGAUCCUUCAGCAGCAAGUGUCGCAGCUAGAGGUGGCUGAGAACACCGAGGACACUUCCAGACCCGAAUGUCAGACGACAGAAUACACACCGUGGUCAACAUGCUCGGUAUCUUGCGGCAAGGGUCUGCGGAUGAGAACGAGAUCCUACCUGAUGCCAGAGAAAGCGGCGAUGUUGAAGUGCAAUAGGCAAUUGGUUUCCAAGGAGAUGUGUGUCGCAUCCAUACCAGAGUGCUCGGGCGAGGAAGAUACCGACGAUAGUUUGCCCGUCUUAAACAACCCCUUUUGCGAAACCACCGAAUGGGGUAGCUGGUCCGAAUGCUCGUCGACGUGCGGUCCAGGCUUGAAAAUGAGGACCAGACGGUUCAAGGAUCGUAUGGGCCGUAAACGAUGUCCUAACGUGUCUCUCUUCGAGAAGGUGAAAUGCAUGGAAGCGGCCUGUGCGCCUGGCCUCGAGGAACAGAUCGAUCCUGCGUGCAAGGCAACUGAUUGGUCUGAUUGGUCACCGUGCAGUGCUUCCUGCGGCAAAGGAGUGAAGUUGAGGACCAGGUUGUUGAUGGUCGAUCCGUCACAGCAACAGGAGUGCUCCUCGAAAAUGGAAUUGCUCCAGCAACGUCCUUGUUUGGAACAGGCUGACUGUACAUUCGACAUGGCCACUGCUAAAGUGGUUUGUAUGGAGGAAGCAGAUCCCGGACCUUGCAGAGGAUACUUCCAGAGAUGGGCGUUCGUUCCUCAGAAGUUAAUGUGCGUUCCAUUCGGUUACGGUGGUUGUCGCGGCAACAGGAACAACUUCCUCACGGCUGAAGAAUGCAACAGCACUUGCGGUAUCGUUAGAGAACUUCUCACUGGAAAACCUUCGAAUCGAACAAUCACACAGACACCCACAGCACGCGUUGAUUGCAUCGUCAGUGAUUGGUCACCUUGGUCACCGUGCAGCGUUUCGUGCGGAAUUGGUCGCGUUUCCAGUUAUCGUUCUGUCAUCCAAGAGCCACAAAACAGAGGACAUCCCUGUCCCAAGAAGCUCCAGCGACGUUCCAGGUGCCAGAUGGCGCCUUGCAUGUAACGCCUUAAAGAAAUUCAACGUUUUUAUUAAUAAAUCUGACGCAACGAAUAGAGAAGACGAGGAACACGCUUAAAAACGAAGCA